ACAUGGAAUUGUUUACACAACGAUUUGAGACCAUGAAAAACAAGAAAAAAUGGAAGCUCAAGACUGGGAAAUAUGUGGAAGAUGUCUUGUAUGAUUUGGGAAAGAAAUCUAAAUUUCACAACCUCAUCCAUUCCUUUAUUGUUGACCCUGAGGACAAAUUUCUGCAAUUGGGAUUUACCACUGAUGAACUUACAGAGAUCUGUGAAACAAUGACCAUGCAAGAAGCACCUCAAAUAGAAGAUGAACUAUUGGAAUAUAUUGAUACCUUUGCAAAGACCUCCACGAAAGACAUACGUGAAGCACUAUAUGCUUCUCACCCCAGACUUUGUCGUGAUUAUAAUCCUCUCAUUGAUUUCGCUUAUGAACAUGUGAGGACAGCAGUUACUGAUUG